AUGAACGCGGUUAUUUCAGGUGUUUAUCUUAAAGAAUUUUCAAAAAUUCUUUUUUGUCUGUCAAAAAUUGGGGAUGAAUUAUCCAUAGAAGCAAGAAAAAAUAAUCUUUUAUUAUCAUCUAUUAACUCUACAAAAUCAGUAUUUGGCCUUGUUACGUUUGAUAGUAAAAGAUUUUUUGAAAAAUAUGAGUAUUUUCCAUAUGAACAAUCAUAUGAAAUAUCAUCAAAAAAUAACCAAAGUUUAAAGUGUAGAGUUCAAAUACGGCUUCUUCUUGCUAUAUUUAAAGCUCGGAACUUAGAAAAUAGGGAAAGUAAAAAUGUUUCAGUUCAAAAGUGCGAACUUAGAAUUAUACGUCCAAAUAAUAUAGACAGGGAAUGUCGAUUAAUUGUACGGUUUUUAUGCAAGCACGGUGUGUUAAAAACAUACAAAAUCACCUAUGAACAAUGCCAAACGAUGCACGCUCUUUGUAAUAAAUCACUAUGUAAAAACAAAUGGAAAAUACAUUCUAGAACACUCAAGGAGUAUUUGGAUCAUUUCUCAUCACGGGCAGAAGAACUUACUUUAAUGUCUCAAAAUGAUAAAUUACUUUUAACAAGUUUUACUGAAGGACUUGUUUAUGAUAAAGAAAUUCUGAAACAACCAAUACAAACUGCAAUUUUAUUAGAUAAGAGGGACUUUGAAGAGAUCUAUUACGAAGAACAAACAAUUAUUACAUUUCCUCUUAAGGAGUUUAAGGCGGUUGUUACUCUUGGCGACUCGAUGAAUGUAUUAUUAAAUGCUUAUUUUAAUAUAGGGGGAGAACCUAUCUUGUUUGAAUUUGAAAAGAAUGUAUUAUCUAUUCGAUUCAUCUUUGCAACAACAUCAGAUAGUUCACAAGAAAAUUUUGCACCGUAUGAUUUGAAUAAAUCAUCUAACUCAAACAACUUGCACAUGCAUUCACAAAUUCAUCCUCAUACAAAUGACUAUUUUUCUCAGAAUGGAACUACUUUAAAUAACGAAAUAAAUGAUAGUGUUAUGGAAAAUUAUGAAGAAAACAUGCACGAUAAUAAAAAAUCAGUAAAUCCAUUAUCAAAAGAUAUUUCAAGUAUAAAUAAUGCAUUUAAAAAAGACAAAGAUACAAAACAUGUCUCUGAAAAUAUUUAUUAUGCAGGAAAAAUGAAAGAUGAUACAAACGAAACAGAUUCAGAUGAUGAAGUUGGCCCUACACAAAAAGAAACAUGCAUUAAAAGUAUUUUCGACUAA